AUACCUCGUGCUAGUGAUUUCGCGCGCUUGCGCCUUUUGAAUUUAUACACAUUGUGCUAGGUGAACGAUAACAUUUGCAAACUUUGCAUCAGCAAUAAUUUCUCGCUCGAAUUAAGUGAAUUGAUCGUCAAAAAUGGGCAACAGUGCAACCAAAGUUGAAGCUCAAGUUGAAGCACAACCUGUUACAGAAAAAAAACCAUUGAAACCCUGCUGUGCGUGCCCCGAAACUAAGAAAAUUAGGGAUGAAUGCAUCAUCAACAAAGGUGAAGCUGAAUGUGGUCAUCUAAUAGAAGCACACAAAGCCUGCAUGCGUCAUUUAGGAUUCAAAAUCUAAAAAAUCUCACCAUUAUUUUAAAGUGUUGUGUUUGAAUGUAUUUGGGAAGAGAAUAGUUGAGUGUGAAAAAUGCAGUACUUCAAUAGUUUUAAGUUUGUUAUCUUGAUCUAGUUGGUUUUGUAAAUAAAUGUGAUGAUUACCAUUUGAAA